AUGGAGAGUGAUUUGCAUGAACUUGAGCCAAUUGAAGAGUAUGAGAAUGAGGAUUCUCUUGAAAUUAGUGAUAAGGCUACUGUUGAAGCAACCAUUGAUACUCCUAUUAAUGAGGAUCCAAAUGAAAAGAAUGUUUAUAAGAGAAAGCCUAGGAAGAAAACUUUUACUGUAUGGAAUCAUUUUGAGCAAGUUGAGGUUUCUGGUGUAAAAAAAAAUCAAUGUAAAUGGUGUAAGGGUAAAUUUACCGUAUCAAAAUCAAGUUGUACAUCUACCUUAGGUAGACACUUGGAGUCGUGUUUGAAGUACGUAGGUUCAAAGAAGAAGCAAAAGGUUUUGUCAGUUGAGAGUAAUGCGUCUAGUGAUGUGGGCAUCAUUUCAAAUUUCCAGUUUGAUGAAAAUUCUGACUGGCGGUUAAAUAGGCGUGUGUUGAACUUUUGUAAUAUUUCGCCUCCACACUCUGGACUUCUUAUUGCUGAUGCACUUCAUAAAUGUUUUAGAGACUGGGGUAUUGAGAGUAAAGUUUGUUCAAUAACUGUAGACAAUGCCAAGGCAAAUGAUGUAGCAUUGAGGCACUUGCGAGAUGUUUUUAAUAUGAGAAAAUCUCUUAUAGUUGGGGGCAAGUUGUUUCAUGUGCGUUGUUGUGCACACAUAACUAAUUUGAUGGUUCAAGAUGGUCUUGGCGAGAUUGGAGAUAUUGUUGAUUGUGUGAGGGACGGAAUAAAAUUCUUGGUAGCAUCUGAGGGAAGAUUAAAGCAAUUUACUGAAAUUGCAAAGAACUUGCAUUUGUCAUCCAAGAAGUUAUUUUUGGACGUACCUACUCAUUGGAACAGUACAUAUUUGAUGUUGUCAAUUGCAUAUGAGUUUAAGGAUGUAUUUUCUAUGUAUGGAUUCAACGAUCGUCAAUUUACUUGGGUGCCAUCGCAUGAAGAUUGGGAUAAAGUCAAAUCUAUCUGUGAACUUUUGGGGGUCUUUAAUAGAGUAACCAAGAUUGUAUCUGGUAGUGACUAUCCAACAUCAAAUUUAUUCCUUCCUGAAAUUUGGAGAAUGAAAGAGGUUCUAAUUAAGAAAUGUGAUGAUAAAAAUGAUUACAUUAGAUCUAUGGCACGUCGAAUGAAAGCCAAGUUUGAUAAAUACUAG